AGCAAAAAGUUGAAAACAUAGCUAAUUAUAAUUUUUGUUUUGAUAAGAUCCGAUGUGGAAAAGUGUGGAUAAAGAUGAGAUGGGGUAAAAGGGCAAGGGCAGAUUAAGGUGUAUGUGCAAUGUGAUGAAAAUCCAAAAAGAUAUGCAAAAAGAAUAGGCUAGCAUUGAGGAGUAGACAGACAGAGGCCACACCUCACCUCCUUCACUGGACUGAUGGACAGCGGCCAUACCUCCUUCACUAGGAUUGACAGACUGAGGCCACACCUCCUUCAUUAGGAUAGACAGAGGCCACACCUUCGUCACUAGAACUGACAGACUAAGGCAACACCUCCUUCAUUAGGAUAGACAGAGGUCACACCUCCUUCACUGGGAAUGACAGACAGAGGCCACACCUCCUUCAUUAGGAUAGACAGAGGCCACACCUCCUUCACUGGGACUAACAGACAGAGGCUACACCUCUUUCAUUGGCCACGCGCUUGUGUGUGCGUGUGUGUGUUUGUGUUUUUGUGUUUAUCUGGCUGGAACUGUUUUCUGAUGACGCCAUCUUGAUUCUUGACAGAUGCCUAAGAAUAGAGGAGUAUCUGGCAGUUCUGUCCUGCUGAGGCUUUUAAUAACACACACACACACACACACACACACACACACACACACACACACACAGUGAGUCACACAGCUGUUAACAGUAUAAGAACGGCUCUCUCACAGUGGCCCUGGCAGGCCGUGACCUUUGAAUCUCUUACACAACACUGUCGUGUGUGUGUGUGUGUGUGUGUGUGUGUGUGUGUGUGUGUGUGGCUAGCUGGCUAUUUAGCUUUUUUAUGUAGCUAUGUUAUUAACUUUUUUUUAUCUAACCUAAAGACAACAUGUCACGAAAUGAUAGCAAACUAGCAAUAUUUCAACAGCUUAUUAGCCACGCAAUUUAGGUUUGGCUGCUAGUAUUUUCAAUGACGCUAGCUAGCGUAAUUAAUGUCAAGUUUCAGAAGAAGGAAAAACAUAUGAGCCUUGUUUACAUUCACACACAAUAUGACUUGGCACAUUUCCCUCCAUAAUGCUGUAGCAAUAAAUCUCCUCAUGCUAACUGCAGGUAUUCAAAUACAAUCUGCUAUUAGACUUAAUUACAUUUAAAUGAGUGUGUAUAGGGAGUUGAUCUGAAAAACCAGUGUUAGUGUGUGUGUGUGUGUGUGUGUGUGUGUGUGAGAGAGAGAGAGAGAAUGUUUCCUAUUUUGGCAGCUGCUGUGACGCCGUUGGUCUGUACCCUCGAAACACUAUCCCAUAAUAUAACCCUUAUUGCCAAGGCGACCCACCCUGCCACACCCGCUGUGCUAAAAUUGCAGAUGUGACAAGUGAUGUGUGUGUGUGUGUAUUUGGGGAAGCUAAAACAAAAUCCUAUUAGACACUCGGUGAAGUGAUGAUGUAUUGAUACAUUGGAUGCAUCGAUUAUAAUACAGAUAUAGAUUUAAGUUUUUUACGUAAACUUGAACGACCUAAGUUUUAAUUAAAGGGUCGAUUUGGUCGUCCUGAGUCUUUUCGUAAUAAUUUACCAACAUAUCUGAGGUAAAUGUUGAUAUUCCUGACAAUUUGGUCUAGUUUCUGCUGCUUCUCUCUGUUUAUAUGUCCUGUACAAAAGACUUUUGAUGCAAUUAAUGCUAGCUAGGUUAAUUAGUUCAUGCUAGUUAUAACGCAAAUAACACUAGCUAGUUAAAGAUUUAGUCUCAAGUAUUAGCAAGAUUAUGCUUAGCAUCCUUGUUUCCUAGUUGCCUAGCAACAUUGUUUUCAAGACUUAAUAUGCAGUCCAUUUAAAAGAAGGUUAAUGACUGAACACUUUAGCAAGAUAACGCAUAGCUGUUAUGUGUUAUACAAACAAAUCUAAAGGCAAAGCGAAAGUGGAAAUGACACAAAAUUGUCUAGAAUAUCCACAUUUUCCUCAGAUGUGUUGGUACAUUAAAGAGAAACGACUCCGUUAGACUACAAUCGCAUGUAGCAUCGACCGCUAACUAAACUACCAUGGAUUCCCGCCAUUUUAAGAAAUAUUGUGUCAGAUCAAACUUAUGGUAAAAUGUACAUGUAAAUAAUGGUUGAAUGGAGUUUUUUUUAUUAUUAUUUGAAAAAUGAAGUAAACGGUGUGUGAACAUGAUAUUUGAAUUCUUUUUCAACAGCUAAAACUUACUUGUGUUCUUUUUUUUUGUUUGGGGUCAGACUUUUGGACCCGACUGUAUUUUUAUAGCAAAUAGCAGCAGUGGAGUUAAAUUUAAAACGGUAACAGGAGCAGUAUGAGAGAUUGUGUGUGUGUGUGUGUGUGUGUAUGUGUGUGUGUGUGUGUGUGGAAUGAGAAAGCCCUCUAAAAGAGCAUCAUGGGCCAAAAUCAGUACAGUGGGAUCUGCAGAGGAAUUUGACUCACAGACAGAUUUAAAGAGCGGCGAAAAAAUCGGUGAAAUACACAGUAGGAAAGUUUGCAGUUAACACCGAAGAUGCUGAAUGGAAAGUGAGUUCUUAUUCCCAGAAGUGCUAAGAGGAAAUCUCCAUCAUGAACGCAGGUAGUGAAAGUCAUUUGUCAGAUUCUGAUGGUUGGCGGUCUCGCAGUGUGACAGACAGAUUGAGGAAUGGCGAUACGAGCAGCUCCACUCUGACAGCUAAAGGUUACCGGAGCGUUCGUCCCAACCUGCAGGACAACAGCAGUCCCGUCCCGGUCCCGCUGCCGCCCCCUCGGAGAGAGAGCUAUCACAUGACCCCUAACCCUCCACCUUAUAGCUCGCUUGUUCCCUCCGGUUCUUACGCCGUCAAAUCCAGCUCCUCGUCCUCCUACUCGUAUUCUGAGACUACUCGCGCUACCAGCACUGGCUCAGAUAUCUCCCCAGAGGCUAAUGCUAAUGCUAAUGCUAAUAACUUUAUUAGCCAGCUCCUGGAGCGAAAGGUGUCCUCUCUCAAAUUUGCUAACGAAGGAUCCAACUCAGUCGCUGCUAAUGCUAAAACCAGUGCAGGUGUAACCAACAGUACUAACAUGAAUCAAUUAUGGGCUAACACUAACAUGGCAAAGGUCAUGAACCCUGGUUCACCUGAUAGUCCACCAUCCCCACCACUACGUACACACUCCAAAUCCCCUGCUACAACACACACAGCCUCUCUCUCCAUUCGGAUAGCCCCUAAAGGUUCGGAAUACCAUCCUGAAUCUGGACUCCAGUCGGGAUUCGGAUCCGUAAGGCAGGAUCCUGCUGAGCCAAGCCCCAAAGUGCCACCUAGACCAGCGGGCGAUGUGGUGCGUGGCGUAUCCCCACCAAGAGGUACCACCGACUUCGUUUGUGGGUCAUCCUACAGCCGUACAAGUCAGGACUCACCUGACUUCCUGUCUGGGCCGAACGCUUCGUCACCAUCUCUUUCGGCCCUGAGCCACUAUUCAUCAUCAACAGCCGUCCUCGAAGAACUGCAGAUCUGCGCUGUGGACUCGGCCGAGGCCACGCCCACCCCCUCCCCCACACUCAGCCACGCCUCUGUUACCCAUGAUGAUGUCCCUCCACCCACUGCUUCAGCAACGGCUGCUGAUACUAACGGUCAAAUGGCGGUAAAUGGAAGCGCGCACUCACAGAGGCCAUUCUCUCCUCCAGCACAACGUCCUCCUCCACCGGUCUUUAGUCCUGGACUCGAGCACUUCCAGCAGAUGAGACACUCGGAAGGUUCAGAGUCAGUACAGAGGGAGUCGGUGUCAGUGGGUGAGACGUCGUUCAGCAGCGUGACUCCUGUGGCUCGUUUCUCAGAGGAGGAAAAGAAAGUUUCAGUGAUCAAAGCACCUCAUUACGAGGGCAUCGGGCCUGUGGACCAGUCGGGCCUCCCCCUCGCUAUUCGCACGACUGUAGACAGGCCUAAGGACUGGUACAAGACCAUGUUUAAGCAAAUCCAUAUGGUGCAUAAAGCAGAUGAUGACUAUGCAGACACAUACGGUGCUACCUACGCUGUCGUGAAUAACGAGAACUUCGACCCCGUCCACGCCCACCCGCCACCUCGGACACACACAUACCGGCCUCUGUCCCAAAACCCCAACGAGCCCGGCAGAGCUCCGCCCCUGCGAGAUUCCAGCCCCGUCCCGCCCCCGCCCCCGCCCAUGCCUUCGCUCCUGCAGCUGCGCUCGCAAGACCUCGACCGCGCGAAAGAGCAUCCGCACGAUCCAAAUGAAUGGAGUCCCCCAGAUCGUAAAGUGGACACACGGCGGUAUCGCGCCGAGCCACGUAGUAUCUUCGAGUACGAACCGGGCAAAUCCUCCAUCCUGGAGCAUGAGAGACCGAGUUUCGAUUUAGAAGCAGAUGAGAUAGAUUUAGAGAACGAGCCGUGGUUUAAGUUCUUUUCAGAGCUGGAGUUUGGCCGGCCGCCUCCUAAAAAGAGGCUGGAUUACACGCCUGACUGCUCCACCCACUCCCGCGCCCAGACGUCUCUCUAUCUCUCAUCCUCCGAGCGGCCUGAGAGUGCCUCCAGUGACUACAGGAAGAGACGGAAGUCGGAGCCGUUUGUCACUCAGCAGAGCACAGGAAAUGAGCAGAAUGCUGGUCCAGUCUCGAAACUCGAGCCCUAUAAAUCCAGCAGUCUGAAGAAACCUACCGUACGUUCCUCGCCUUCCUCUCCAGCAAAAGCAAAAGCUGGAGGCACUUGUGAGUCUCUCUCUCCAUCAGUGAGCUCCCCAGGUAUGGACCACGUGUCCUCCCACCUUUCCUCUGACACCCUCUCCCUCUCCACAUCCACCCUGCGCAGCUCCAAGCAAUCAAUCAGCUUCAAGAAUGGUUGGCAGGUGUGCCAGAAGGACAGUGCUGAAACUUGGAGCAGCGUGGAGGACGAGGAAGCAGGCGCUUCCUCGCCUCGCCUCAAGUCUCGCAGCUGUGAUGAUUUACUCUCGGACGGUAACGUCGGAAUGAACGGCAAUCGCUCGGAAAGCGUCGGAUCGCUGCUUGGUGAAGGCGGAGCACGCCAGCAGCAGACACAAGCGAAGAGUCUUAAUUCAUCCCCUAGAGCACGUCGGCAUCAUCGGCGCAAAAUGGCCCACGAUACACCAGGAUUCCUGCAGCUUUACAAGACGAUGCACCACAUCGACCGGGCACAGCUUCUGCCCUCGGAAGUGAUCUAUUCUGUCCGUGCCCGCAUCCUGGAACUCGAGCGACAACAGCAGCAGCAGCGGAAGAGCCUCCAUUCAUGGGCGUCAUGUGGUCAUGAAGUACCACAGCGCAUGGUGCCCAAUCGGAUCUCGGCGUAUGAGCAGCUGAUCCAAAAGUCCAAGUCUAUGCCGGACCUCGGCGAAGAUAACACUCCGUCAGGCACCACCACACCAGGGUCUUCUCGAGCCAGCAGUUGCCCCAAGCGCCGCUUCUCUGUGGAGUCGCUCCUGGAGGAGGAAGACCUUCCAGAAAGGGCGAGAAGUCCCCCAGAAGGCCAACCACGGCCAGGUCCAGAAGAUCGCAGCCUUGUUCCGGUGGUCAGGCAGAACCAGCACCAGCAGCAGGACUACUCGGACAGCGAGCAGGAUGCUUGCGCAUCUGAAUUGAGUGACUUUGUUCAGAUAGAAGGAUCUUCCUUUUGCAGCGAGAGCGACUUGGACCACUGCUCACUAGCGUCGUCUGAGAGCUUCUGUGGUUCUGGACACCAUCACCACCACCUUCAUCACCACCAUCACCACGGACGCCGUCACCACAGCAGCCACCACCACCAUCACCACCAGAGUCUGGGCCAGAGUCAAGGUUACCACCACCGCCACCUCAUCAGCUCAUGUAAGGGGCGUUGCCCGGCUUCCUACACUCGCUUCACCACUAUGCUUAAGCAUGAAAGAGCACAGCAAGAGAGCCGCGCCACCAUCACGCCUCCACUGCUUCAGCAGUCACCCAGCGAAUCAGGCCUUUCCAAGCUGGCCUUCCUGGUCAGUCCGGUGCCUUUCCGCAAGAAGCGGGGUUCCCCACCAACCCAGCGGCGCCAUAGUCGCUCCGGCCACCACAAAUCAAAGGCAGCAAUGUAUGAGGCUUUAGACGCUGCGCUACAGGACAUUUAUGACCACUUAAGGGCUGAGAAAGGUCUGGGAGCUGCUCGGUUGCCAGAUGACAGCAUUUUGCGUCGGCUACUGCAGGAGUUGCUCCCAGAAGUUCCCGAAAGGAGCUCGUCACUGCGGGGUCGGCGGGGGACUUACUCCCCUUCCUCCUCCCACCACUACCAGCCUUACCACAGUGCCUCCUUCCAGCAGCCGCACCACGCAGAUGCCUCCAACAACAACCAGCACACUAAUGCUAGCUCAAACGCACACUACUAUUCAGAUCAGGGCUCUGAUGCUGGUCGCCUCACACCUCAGAUCAGAAAACCAACUCCAGAUCGAGAGGUGUCCUCUAAGCAGAUGACAUAUCUCAUAUUGUCUUCUCUUCUUCAUCAGAGACAGUCUGCCAGGGCGAUUUACGAUUUUAAAGCUCAGACCAGCAAAGAGCUCUCUUUUAAGAAGGGCGAUGCGAUCAACAUCGUCAGACAGAUCGACAGCAACUGGUAUGAAGGAGAGCACAGAGGACGCAUCGGGAUAUUCCCUAUUUCUUACGUCGAGAAAGUCGUGUCUCCGGAGAGGAAGCAGCCGGUGCGUCCUCCUCCUCCUGCCCAGCUCCGGGAGAUGGGAGAGGCCGUGGCCCGCUACAACUUCAACGCCGACACCAACGUGGAGCUUUCACUCAGGAAGGGAGAGAGAGUGAUCUUGCUGAGGAAAGUUGAUAAGAACUGGUAUGAAGGGAGGAUCCCUGGCUCCAGUAAGCAGGGGAUUUUCCCCGUCUCAUACGUCGAUGUCAUCAAGGGAUCCCCUUCUAAAAGUCCCGGUCACCGUGUAGACACCUACAGGGUGCAGAAGAGAAUGAUGCAGGAUUCACUCCAUGGAGCCGGAGAGCCGUUCCAGGCCGUGUAUAACUACGUGCCCCGGAACGAAGACGAGCUGGAGCUGCGAGAGGGUGAUGUGGUCGACGUGGUGGAGAAGUGCGAUGAUGGCUGGUUCGUAGGAACGUCUCGGAGGAGCCGGCUGUUCGGAACGUUCCCAGGAAACUACGUUAAGACUCUUUAAUGAAGACCUACGGCACAAGAAUUGAGGCCCGGUGUGGAACCUCGACCCUCCCUGCGUGCGUGUGUGUGUGUGUGUGUGUGUGUGUGUGUGUGUGUGUGUAUGUUCUCAUGUUUUAGAGCUCACUAGCCAUCUCUAGCCAACACUUUUAUUUUCUCCUCCACUGAAGUUUUGCUUCCAUCCUGAAUCAGGAGCUCAGCAGUGUACUUCAUGCUCCGUAAUAAUAUUCACAUUAUUUAUUAGCUGUAAUAUUUUAAUAAGCAAUAGUUUAUCAUUUCAGGAGGUUACGAGUAGGAGAGAAGCUCUGAGACGUGAUUGGUGGAAAGAAAUGAUUGACAGACUGACCGACGUCACAUAGAGACAAAAAAAAAGUCGCUGACGUCCCACCAGGUUUCUUGUGGGUGCGGGCGUGGCCUGUCCAGUGGCUCACAAAAUGAUAAAAGCCAAAAUGACAUACGGUACAUUGUAUACCGUAUACGAAUCACUUUUUAGGACUUUGCUAGGUAUUUGUAUCAUUUAAAAUUGUUUAUGUAAUGCUGUCCCCUCCCCCCCUCCCCCC